CCCACAAAGAGAGAUGUUGUUUUGUGUUCUUGAGCUUCGCUAUUGGAUCGAGAAAUCGAAAAAAUGGAAAACGACCAAGAGGAUCUUGAUUUGCUUCUGUCUCUUGACGAUAGGGUUCUCGAAACUCCUCCUGGUUCUCCUUCUGCUGCACCCGGAUAUCUCACGGAUGAUGAAUCCCCCAAGCGUAGGGGUCACUCUGACUUGUCUGACUUCAGAAGUGUUGUUCAAGAUUGCAUUGACUAUGAUCCUAAACCAGUCGCCAAAAACACUAAACCCAAAGGCUCAAACAACUCCAAUGCCAACGACAUUGACAAGUUUUCUGGCUUGCGCAUUAGGAAUCAAUUACUUAGCCCUGCAGAGAUAAGUGAUCUGUUUUCAGAUAUCCGUUUCGUUCGAUUGCCAACAAUUAAGAACUUGCUAAUUGGUGACAAACUCUCUGGCUGCUGGGCGACAAUGGGAGUGCUAACAGAGAAAGGACAACCCAAAACAAGUUCCAUUGGUCAGCCUUAUGGUAUAUGGAAGAUCGGUAGCUUAAAUGAAAACACUGUCUCCUUGUUCUUGUUUGGUGAUGCUUACAAAAAGAAUGAGACAGAAAAAGCGGGAACGGUUUUCGGUCUGUUGAAUUGCUCAGUUCGCAAGGACAAAGGGGGACGUGAGUUCUCAUUGAGUGUCAACUCUGCUAAACAAAUGGUAAAACUGGGGGUUUCGGCUGAUUAUGGAGUCUGCACAGCGAAGCGGAAAGAUGGAACAACUUGUACAUCUGUUGUAAACAAGCGCCAAGGAGCAUUCUGCAAGAUUCAUAAACUGAAUGCAUCAGACAAAUUUGCUACAAUGAGAACUGAACUCAAAGGAGGGAACUUGAGAACGGCAUUCAGAGAUCCUAAAUCUCAAGGGAUUUACACCGUUGAGCCACCAGCAGAUAGAAGCGGAAACAAAAAGGCCACUCAGCCUGUUCGAGUACUAUCAGUGGAAGGUCUUCGAAAGGCUCUAAGUGGCGCGGAUAAAGUGACCCCUAACGUACACUCACAAGGAAUACGUUUCCUGAAUGAGAUGGCCAGACAAAAGGCUUCAAAGAACGUAAACAAGAAAUCUGAAGCUGUGAAUAAGUCUACAGAGAAGAGGAAAGUAUCGACAAAAGAAACACAAGUAAAGGGUGAGCCAAAGAGAAAGAAAACAGAGCACAGGAGGGAAACGCCUGAGAAAAUGAUGGUCCUAGAUUUCUGCAGCUCUGACGAAGAAUGACUCCUCAACAGACAGACAUUGUCAAACAGGUACUCAGGCCAUAGACUUCGACUUGAACCGGAUAAUAUCCCAAUUGUGGGGCUUUAGCCGAAUGUAGAGCACCUCAAUGUUUAUUCGAUGUUGAGAUAGAUUUUUGUGGUUCUCAAGAUUAGUCUUGAAACCGGCAAAACAAAUAUCAAUCACGCAA